GCAUGAUUGGACCAGGGGCCUGUAUAAGGCUUGGCGUAUCCAAUACGAUUGGGCCCCCACAACAUCCAAUCUGAGUCCGAGCUAUACGAAUUCCUCCUCGUCCAACCUUAUUGACCUCCCCGCAAGGAAGGACAACAAGGCUUCGACAAGAGCCAAGGACGCACACAGCCUGGGCGACGCAAGCUUCCCCCCAUGGCCUGACCUGCUCGAGAUCCCCUCGCCACACCCCUCGAUGGACAAAAUUAAUCCAUCAACCGAUACACAGACACCAACAUGGCCAUCGACCAUGGUAGGGAGCCAGCGAGUUGGCCAAACUGGGCAGUGCUGUGCGUAUUCCUCGGAUUCUCACGGGAUACGCGUAUCUCGGUUUUUCAUUGUGUUCCCUCUCCUCCUCAGACAGACCCAGUGUUCCCACCGAGCGCUACUGACCAGUCCCCUGAGAAAUUACAUUGCGACCAGCUGGCGAGAGGAGGCGCAGGCAGACUUGGCUACCCCUCAAACCCGCGGGUUCAUCAACCCUGAACACAUCCCGCCCCGUCGGCGCAUCCUCCGUACGGGUUCCGGAGUUGAAACCACUCGGGCGAACUCUUGGGUCCGAUACUGCCAUGGCGGCGCUUGCUUGUUUCUGCUGCCUAGGCUGGUUGCGCGGCCUCGCAUGGCGGGGGGCGCCAAAGCAAGUGCCUGUUGAAGCCACAACACCUAAAAACGCCAGACGCGUAGCCGGAAUCUCCAGAUUGAUGCCCCAAAUAGGCCUGAUGCCGUCACAUCACUUGUUGUAUUAUGACACCCCCUGGCACAUGGUGCACGUGGCUGUAGAGCCUGCAGUGACAGGGAGUUAUC